GACUCAAACAGGAAGCUAGACGACAGAAUCCACGCUAACACUACUGUGGAUACUAUUAGCGAUAGAAGAGUUAAAGUUUAAACUCGGAGUCAGUUUGCUAAACCACUACAGUAUGGAGUCUUGUGUAACCACUGGACUCUGUGCAGCCUUUCAACGAGUCUUCUAGUCACUUAUGCAGUAACGUGGUUAAAGUUCACAUGCAUCAUGGAGGUACAGGAGGUGGAGAAGUGUUGCUGUGUCGUCCAGGUGUUUGAGGCUUUUUCAGCAAAGAAACCCGUGAGCUGCAGCGGAGUUAUCGUCCACCGUCAGUCUGGUACAGUGCUAUGCACGGGCGUCCCGUUUUCCCGUUUUACCACCGACAAAGAGUCCCUCUCCUCGGACCACGGGUUCCUGUCACCGCGCAGUUUCAGUGAAAAACUUAAAAUCCGCGUCAGCUUGUCCUCACCCUCCCGGAGCAAAACAACACCUCACCGGGAGGUCGCGGCCGAGCUGCUGAUGCUGGUGAACUGUCUGGAGUUUAAACGGGCUUUCCAGACAGUUUUCCAAGAGGCGGACAAGUGGCGUUUCCACAUGGACGAGGAGGACGAGGAGCUGAUCACAGACGCGCAGUCCCUCAGCUGGUUCGCGGUGCUCAAGCUAACCGUGGCGGCAGACAGCGGCCCGAAUGCGGGGACCAUACCCUGGCAGAGCGGCUCGUCUCUCCGUAAAGGCUGCCCGGUUGUUGCGUGCGGCUCACCUUUCGGCUCCCUCUGCUUGGACCUCUUCGGCAGCAGCCUCAGCAGGGGCAUCGUCAGCAACCUGUCCGGGGAGGACAACGCCGUCAUCCUCACAGACGCCCGCUGCUUGCCGGGCACAGAGGGCGGAGGGUUGUUCGCGGUGAAACGCCCGGACGACGUGCGUCUCCUCGGACUGAUCGUGUCUCCGUUUGGGUGGAAGGCGAACGAGUGGAUAGGCCUCACGCUGGUCUGCUCGGUCCACUCGAUCUUCAGGAACAUCAUCCGCUGCACGAGAGGUCAAGAUCCACUCCGAGGUGUUUGGCUCCAUCCGGGUGAUGCGGGCCUCCUCGUGUCCGCCGCGGCCCACGAGACCAGAGCUGUGAAAUGCCCCACUGUGUGCUUCGUGGACAGCGGACUGUUCUGGGGCUCAGGGGUGGUCGUCGCCCCUCGGCUGGUUGUGACCUGCCGCCACGUCGUCAACGGGAAGUCGACAGUCAACCUGAAGUUCCAUCACAGGGACAGAGUCCAUGAUGUCGUGGGUGAUGUGCUGUUUGCCACCAAAGCCUCCUCACCCUAUGAUUUGGCUUUGGUGCAGCUGAGGGACUCCGUCACAGAGGCUGUGGUCCCUUACAUGGCUCAGAGUUACAGUCCAGGGGAAUCUGUAGUUGUGGUGGGAUAUGGUGGCUUGGGCCGGAGAUGUGGUCCGUCCCUGACCUGUGGUGUCCUCUCCAAAACCAUCAGCUGGAAGGACCAGCCUGUGAUGCUUCAGACCACUUGUGCAGUACAAGCAGGGACCAGCGGGGGUGCUGUGGUGCGGACACGCUCAGGAGAGCUGCUGGGUAUCGUGUCUAGCAACACAAGGGACUUUGCUGCCAAAGUGACCUACCCGCACCUCAACUUUAGCAUCCCAGUGAGCGUCUUCCAGAGAUUGUUGCAGCGUUUUCACCAGACAAAGGAUGUUAAUGUGUUCAGGGUGUUGGAUAGCACAGAAAAAGAAGUCGGCACAGUGUGGCGGCUACAGAGUGCACAAAGCAAGCUAUAACCGAGGACCCCCGCAGCUUGAGAUAUGCUAGAGAAGAGGAUUAGAUGGUUGAAUCAAUAUGGAUGAUAUGUAUACUCGUAUUAAAUAAUCAAGUUGAUAUUAUGUGUAAUAUUUUAAACCGUUGCUGUUUCAUUCCUCACUUUGUUACAAAGUCAAGUCUGAAGGAGUAAAUGCAAUUAAAAUCAUUAAUUUAUAAUGUUCAUACUCUCACCCAGAAUUAUGCAGUAAACUGUGAAAUAUUGAUGUUAAAUUGACUUUAAUACCUGCUGAGAUAGUUUUAUUAUACUGUAAUGUAAUUCUAUCAAUAAAAUAGUUUAUUCUUGUGAUAUUUCGGUGGACUCUGGGUACCAGAGAAAUUUAGAGCGAAAGGGCUGAAUAAAGCAGGAUUUAAUACCCAUAUUAUUUCCUAUGUAAAUUCACAAAACACCAGAUAAAACAACGGGAGAAAAAGUGCAUCAGGUUUCACCUAAACCAUUUAAGCCUUAGUCAUUUAACAGUUGCAAUAUGAAGAAAAGACAUUACACUUUGAAUGUGUUUUAAUUUAAAUCUGGUUCUGUUACAUAUGGCUUGUUUUUCACCAAACGGGAGGAAUAAUCAGCAUUACUUGCUGAUGUGUUGCUGAAAAUGAUUGGUCCCUUUGGGUAGCCACAGACGCGCUGUCAGUAUCAGGUAUUCAGACAUCGGUUGGCAGGCAUGCCCACUCACAGCUAACACAUUUACGGCUUCACCCACUGGGACAUUACCGGAUUUCCAUUAUCACCGAAAUGUGAAACUGAGAAAUUACAUUUCAGAGGAUUGGUAACUGUCAGUUUUUACAAUACGAAGACAAGUUCUCUUGGCCCGAGCUUCCAAGAAUAUGCAUACACUGAAUCUUAACUGUAAGGUUUCUAUUUCACUGUUCACAGUGGAGAGGCUUGAGCAAUGUCCCGAGGGGGCCGAGGAGGGUUUUUCUAAAGGUAUUGUGCUGUUAGAAGUGCUGAUAUGCAGACUGUAUUUCAUUUCUGCUGGUUUCCCGUAGAUAUUAGCUACACUCCACUGCAGAGGGAGGUAAGGCAAGAGCAGAAGUGAGCUGACAAUAAAAUGUGCUCACACAUAGAUUUAUGUCUUUGAAAUGGUAGUUGUUAAGAUGGGCUGCAUCAUUAUCUAUUAUGUUUGUUAUUAAUAUUCAUUAAUCUUUCAAGAAUGUUAUUUAACUUGCUUGAAAAUGGUUAAGUUGAUCACCUAACUGGCAGAUUUUACUUGUAAUAAUAGCGAUAUUUUAAGAGUCAGUGUUUUAAGACUUGUUUAAAUGAGGAAACCACAGAUAAAAAAAUAAAUAAAAUAGACAUUUGGUAUGCUAAAAACUGCUAUAUCUAUCUCUAUUUAUAUAAACACCCACACACACAUAAACACACACAUUGACGUUAUUAGUUCCAGCUGUGGUUUUCUUGCUAUAAGUAGUCAAAAGGUUUGCUGUGAGAAGGGUCCAGUAAACAUGCUGCACAACACCAUUGCUGGUGCUAAAAUUUGACAAGAAAUGAAGAAAGAACAAAUGCACAGACUUACAUGUAUGGUGGCCGGCUGGGCCACAUAAACAAGUUUAUUUUAUUUCAAUUUUUUUUAUUAAACACAAUAAUUGAUCCACA